AUGAUUCUUGAUUUUCUGCGUCUCUGCAGAUCAGUCUUAGUUGCAGCGAGUGGUCCACAUGGUGCUGUAAGCAAGAUAGCAGAUAUUCCUUGUCUUGUGUGUGAAGCGCUUGUAUUGGUUUUCGCCAGGGAAAUAAUUGUCGUAACAAGUUUGAGUUUGCAUCUUUCCGGUAUACAACCUGGCAAAACUUCGGAACGAUUCUGUUUUCAGUCUACCGCUGAUAUCCACCACGUCGGACCCGUUGGUGAUUUCAAGGGUUCCAUGAGCAAAUGUGCCCCACUCUCUGGUUGGGGGUGCUUCGCCAUGCCCUCUUUUUUGGCCAAUGUAGCUGCUUUCCCCUGA